AUGACGUUAACGGGUAACAUAAGCGAUAACUUGGCGCAAUCGAGCUGCGUACACGAUGAUACUUCAAAUUUUAAUAUCCUAUAUUGCUCCCACCUCUGGUCUAAUAGUAAUUUUAGGCAAGCAAUUAUAAAUCCAUCAUGCAAAGAUAAUAAAUUAACCAAAUAUUGUUACACCUGUAGAGGGAAGAUAAGGAAUUAUGGUAUUACACCCCCAAAAGAACAUUUUCUACCCAACAAUCAUUCUACUCCAAGAGUUGAACCUAUUCACGAAAAAAUAGAAAGAAGUCCAUCAGAAUUUUAUAAAAAUUGCCUUGAUGACUCUUACAACUUAGAUGAUAGUUUUCCCGGUAGAAAAUCAUCUAUCAGCGACAUAAAUAUCAAUAACCUGGAAAUUACACAAUAUAUUCCAACGAUAUCCAGACAAGUAGAUAGUAACAGUAUCCGUCAUAAAUAUACAAGUGAACAAUAUGAACAGUGUGAAAAUGACGUCAGUCAAAGAAGACUGAGUAAAAGUCUAAACGGCAUUGGGUGUGUCGUGAACUGGUCUCUGACUGAGAGUCCAAAAAAAAGGCGUACACAAAUACAAGCCUGCUCAAUAAGUGUGAUGAUCAUAGCUAUAGUAGUAAUUAGUUUGAUUUUAGUUAAUUUAACUACUUUUAAUAAUUCUAAUAACAUAAAAAAUUAUACCAGUACAAGCUUAGUGCCAACAGAGAACAUAAAUAUUCAUGAAAAUUCUUCAGCUAUUGUCAAUUUUUAUACAGACCUUACAGUUCCUCAAACCAAGCAAAUUAUGGUAACGGAUCCUACUACUGCUACUCCUCUAUUACCUACUACACAAAAUAAUUCGUUAAUCAGCAACAUUAUUUUUAAAAUACGUAAAAAUAUAAAAACUUACCCAAAGGAUGAACAUAAAAGACAAGAAAAUAUUGAGCCAAAAAUAUUAACUAUAAAUAAAAAUUCAACACAAAGAUUUUGUUCGUGCCAAACAAAUGAAGUAUGUAUGCUAGACGAGAUAAGUGGAAAGUCUGUCUGUAAGAUAGCUGUAGACAUCGAUGACCCUACAGGUUGUGGUGGACUAUGUGCUAUGGAGACCGAAGCUUGUCAUCUUGUGGAUAAAGUUCGCGGUGUACGCGUAUGCCGACUGUUAACUCAAGUGAGUUGCUCAUCGCAAGACUGGCGUUGCCGAAAUGGCUUCUGCGUACCUUCAGAAGCAAGAUGUGAUGGAUAUAUUCAAUGCUAUGACAGAUCAGAUGAAAUGCAUUGUGAAUGCGAUCUAACCAAGCAAUUUCGAUGUGGACAUUCUAUAUCAUGUUUCUCUAAUAAAAAAAUAUGUGAUGGUUUCAUAGAUUGCUGGGAUGGUUAUGAUGAACUUAAUUGUACUAUGGAAUGUCCUCAAAAUCAAUUCACCUGUACGAACGGUCAAUGUAUAACGUCUGCUAGAUUUUGCGACGGAUUAGCAGAUUGUUCUGAUAACAGUGAUGAGCCUCAAGGUUGUGAUGGAGCUUGUGGAACUCAUGAAAUCCAAUGCAAGAACCACCGUUGUGUGCCACGUGGUGUUCAGUGUGACGGACGAGAUGACUGUGGAGAUGGUACAGAUGAAGUCCAAUGUUCG